CCCAAAGAAAAUAUGACAGUUCAUCUAUUCAUUCACAAAAGAUUAAAAAAGAAAAUCAACUCAUUUCACGCAGUGCUCCACAAUACUUCUGCUGGGUAGGACUCAUAAAUCCAUGUCCCUGUCUUGGACACUUCAACUCAUGUCUGAUCCUUUCUUUAACUCGAGAUUUAUUGCUCUCAAUUACUCCUUUUUGCCAGAUUUAUAAACGUAACUGUUCUUUAUUUAAUACCUAUUUUGUACACUAGGCAACAAGACAGUAAAUUUAUUGUCUAUGAGUUGCUACUUUGAAAAAUUACAUCAAUGCAAAGUGAUUGCUUUUCAGCCUUCCUAGCCAAUAAAUUCAUUUCUUUUUUUUUUUGUAGGGGAUGAUAUGAGGUCAUAGGAUAAUAUAUAUAAUCGCCGAUCACAGAAUUAGAAGAAGCAAGUUGCAGGCAACUGCUCUAACACUGGACUCUACCCCUGAGAAGGAGCAAGUUGAAAGAAGCUAAGAAGGAAGACAUCUAUCUCCUGCCAAUCAUGUAUAAACUGGUCUCCUGCUGUUUGCUUUUCAUAGGAUCCUUAAAUCCGCUCCUGUCUCUUCCUGUCCUUGACUCCAGGCAAGAGUCCCUGAAGUUCUUAGCACCUGAAGAUGUCAGAUCAACUCUGGAUGAGCUGGAAAGAGCGUCUCUUCUGCAGAUGCUGCCAGAGAUGUCAGGCGCAGAGACAGGAGAGGGUCUUAGGAACGCAGAUCCCAUCACCAACAUUUUUUACCCAAGAGGAAACAUGAGAAAAUUUCAGGCUUUUUCCGGGCAAGAUCCUAAGCUUUUCCUGAGUGACCUUUUGUCCAGAAUCAGGAAACAAUCUAAGAAACGUGGACCUUCCUCUGAAUGCUUCUGGAAAUACUGUGUCUGAAGCAAAAUGACCAUCUACUAGUCACCCCCAAGACGACCAUCUGAGAAAAUGUAAAAUAAAAAUGCUUGAUUUGAAAGCAGUAUAGAUGAAAAACUAGGCAAGCUAGACCCUGUUCGUUAUUAUUUGGAAAAUAAAUCCUCUAUGUUUUGCAGAUACUAUGAGUGGUUGUUUAACUUAAAAACGU